UGUUUUUAACUGUCAACAGAACGAAAGAAAGCAAUAAAAUUUGUAACACAUUAGCAUAGGUCGUAAUAGAACCUCAGAAUCCUUGUUGAUUAUCAUCAUUAUAUUUCCAAAUGUAACCACUCAAAUGUUAUUGAAGUUUUCUAAUGAUUAAUUACAAGGUGAGAUACAAUUACAGAUUUUGGAAGGAAAGUGAGCAUAAGUAUAGAUUGAUUUUGGAACAUAUGUGAUCAAUCAAUCAAUCUCUAUAUGUAGCUUUGUGGCUGAGAGGAAAGCAAAAGAAGACCAAGUCAAUCAAAACCAACUUGGAAAAGGGUAAUCCACUUAUUAAAACAUUUUAGCCACACUUGUAAACAACCUUUCUGUUAAGCUUGGCUGGUCCUAAUAUCAAAAUAACUUCAAGCCUCUCGUACCUUUAUCUUCCACACCAAAAAUAAUCUUACCCCACAUCCAUUUUCAUUUUCUAAGCUUAUAUUCAUUUUCUUGGUAACAGGUUUUUCUUUUUUAUUUGGUGUUGUCACCUUUUAUCUUCCUCCUCGUUAGGUAGAAGAUUAUGAAGAGGAAGAUGUUAAUAUAGCUUUUCUUUUUGAACACAGGAUUAAAUAAAGGCACACUCGGUAUUUAUUAAGUUUAUGCAUAGCAGCAUUAAGCUUUUAUGCUAAUUUCAUUCACAUAAAACGAGUAAAAAGAUUUGCAGAAGAGCAAAAAGAAAAAAAGAAGAAGAAAAGGGAGAGAAAAGAAAAAAGUAAUUCUUAAGUUUCAUCAAGAUGAACGAUUUAUUCUCAAGCUCGUUCAAAAAAUACACUGAUCUCAAGCAACAAGCAUAUCUUGACGAUAUGGAGGCUGGUAAGGAGCCAAUGAAUCUUGAUAAAUUCUUUGAAGAUGUUGAGAACGUCAAGGAGGAUAUGAAACUUGUUGAGAAGCUAUACAAGAGUUUACAAGAAGCUAAUGAGGAAAGCAAGACCGUGCAUAAUGCCAAGACUAUGAAAAACAUUCGUGCUCGCAUGGACUCAGAUGUUGAACAAGUCCUGAAACGAGCCAAAAUCAUCAAGGGAAAGCUUGAAGCCCUGGAGCGUUCCAAUGCAGCUGCAAGAAACGUUCCAGGAUGUGGUCCAGGAUCUUCGGCAGAUCGAACCAGGACAUCUGUUGUUAGCGGUUUAGGAAAGAAGCUGAAGGAUCUUAUGGAUGAAUUUCAGAAUCUUAGAGCUCAAAUGACAGCGGAAUAUAAAGAAACUGUUGAACGUAGGUACUUCACCAUCACAGGAGAGAAGGCAAGUGAAGAAACAAUUGAGAAUUUGAUAUCAAGUGGAGAAAGUGAAAGUUUCCUGCAGAUAGCAAUUCAGGAUCAAGGGAGAGGUCAAAUUCUUGACACAAUAUCAGAAAUUCAAGAAAGACAUGAUGCAGUGAAAGAGAUAGAGAAGAAUUUGAUUGAGCUCCAUCAGGUAUUCUUGGACAUGGCUGCUCUUGUGGAAGCUCAAGGUCACCAACUCAAUGACAUUGAGAGUCAUGUGGCUCACGCAAGCUCAUUUGUCCGGCGAGGGACUGAUAACCUUCAGGAUGCCAGAGAAUAUCAGAAAAGCUCUAGAAAAUGGACGUGCAUUGCAGUUUAUGGUGGUAUUGUCAUCGUCUUUUUGCUAUUACUGCCACUCCUACCAUCAAUUUUGGCUCUCUUGUAGGAAGAAGACGAAGAAAAAUGACGUUUUCUUCUUCUCGUAACUCUGGAAAUAUGUAUAUGAAUUCACUGUAGUGAGAACUUGUUAGAUUAUUCAGCAACUCUGGAAAAAACUUCAGUUUAGUCUCCAAGGACUGCAAUUCCAGUGUUUCAAACUUACAUUCUGA